AUGCAAACAGGAACAGGAAGAAGUGCGAUGCUGAGUGGAGGCUGCCUGCUGUGCGCAGUGAGGCAGCGCCGGCCACGAGACGACUGCAGCGCGCGCGGCGGCGAGUGUCAGCAACAGCCGGCCGCGGGCGAGGCUGGCAGCUCCGGCAGCGAGCACGACUGCAGCGCGCGCGGCGGCGAGUGUCAGCAACAGCCGGCCGCGGGCGAGGCUGGCAGCUCCGGCAGCGAGCACGACUGCAGCGCGCGCGGCGGCGAGUGUCAGCAACAGCCGGCCGCGGGCGAGGCUGGCAGCUCCGGCAGCGAGCACGACUGCAGCGCGCGCGGCGGCGAGUGUCAGCAACAGCCGGCCGCGGGCGAGGCUGGCAGCUCCGGCAGCGAGCACGACUGCAGCGCGCGCGGCGGCGAGUGUCAGCAGCAGCCGGCCGCGGGCGAGGCUGGCAGCUCCGGCAGCGAGCACGACUGCAGCGCGCGCGGCGGCGAGUGUCAGCAGCAGCCGGCCGCGGGCGAGGCUGGCAGCUCCGGCAGCGAGCACGACUGCAGCGCGCGCGGCGGCGAGUGUCAGCAGCAGCCGGCCGCGGGCGAGGCUGGCAGCUCCGGCAGCGAGCACGACUGCAGCGCGCGCGGCGGCGAGUGUCAGCAGCAGCCGGCCGCGGGCGAGGCUGGCAGCUCCGGCAGCGAGCACGACACAGCUGAACUUGGUGCUUCCCUCACCCUCUUCCUCCGUACUGGCCGCCCAUGGUCGCCCUCGACUGGAAGCAGCGCUGUUGAUUGGUAG